AUGACUUUUUAUUCAUUAGUUCUAACACCAAAAGAUGAAAAUAAUUGCGUAAAAUUAUUUUCUCAACAUGGUGAUACUUUAUGUGAGAAAUGCGGUAUUCAACAAAUCAUUGUAGUGGAUAAACCUUUACAUUUAACCAUGGCUGUUCUGGACAUAGAUUAUGGAGCAUUUAUAAGACGAUCAUUGUCGUGUGACAAAUUUGAAUGUGAGUCACCAUAUUUAGUGCUGAACAAUAGAUUCAAAUUCACUCUAAAAAUAAAAUCUUCAGGCAACAGCCAAGAAGUAAUAAUUUGUCACUUGCACGAAGGUAAUAAAUACCAGUCGAAUAUUGAUUUACAUUUAAGUUCAGGAUCAAGUUUUAUUUUUUCUUGUCAACAAACAUGUAGCAUACAUCUAACUGGCUAUUACUUAAAUUGA